AUGUACGGACCGCUUGGGCCCGAAACCGAGGUGUUCGCCAAUGCGCUCGAUGAUUGUCUCGCACCUCAGGGCACAGUUGAAGAGAAGCAUGCAAGAAUUCUAGAUCUGGUGGAUGCGUACUAUGAAUACGCGGACCAUACCCUAACAGCCUUGCGCAGACAAGUUCGGCAGGGCUCGGCUGGCGACACCGAGAUGGACUUGGACGAAGACGAAGAUGCCGACCCUGCCGCAAGCAUAGAAGAAAUCCGCGGAUGGGAGCAAGAGAGACAGACAUGGGAUCUCAUCCGUCGCCUCAUCCCGCUGAGAUAUUCUGCACGAAAGGCGACUGGCAAGCAGGCUUCGAUCGUUACAAAGGACGGAGAGGGCGAUGACAUCUGGCGCGCGUUUCUUGCAAACGAUCGGCUGGCUGUAGAGAGAAAAACCAUUCUCGAAUGGCUGCAACACAACGCAAGAACUGGGCCCGAUCUUGACGACUUGGUACGAGAGCUACAGCAGAACGCUGACAGAGGAGACAUUAUUGCGCAUGGCUGGAUACAUACAAGGUCUGCCAUCAAGCUACAGAAGAGUGUUAUCGGAUCCACACGCCCUCUUGACGUUCAAUUUCCCGAAGUGUCUCGUUCCCUUGUCAAUUCGGACAAGGCGCCACUUGUUGCCGAAUUAGAUCCAGACUCUGUGACCAGGCAGUGCCGAAAGCUGGAGCCACAGGACGAAUACUUCGAGCGGGCAAUUUGGGUUGGUUGCUUCCAGCUUCUUCGGAGGGGUAGCAGCUUGGAGGAUAUGAGAGAAUGGUGCCUCGAAAGGACAGAAGUUUGGCGGGCCGUUUCCAUGUCCGCAUUACCCCUCGCUACAAAGCAUGGCGAGGAAAAUUCCAUGGAAGACCCAUCAGCACUUGCGCUCUGGAGACGCAUCUGCUUUGCAGCGGCACGCCAUGGCGGCACCGACGACAUCGAGAGGGCUGUCUACGGUGUGUUGUCAGGGGACAUUCCUAGUGUUCAAAAAGUGUGCAAGACUUGGGACGACUUUAUGUUCAUGCACUACAACGCUCUGCUUCGUACGCAAUUCGACACAUUUGUUCUCGGCCAAUGCCCCCCUGAGGUAUCGACAUCUCUUCGUUCAUCAUUCGCCGCUUUCGACGCUGUACAAUUUCAUGGCGACCCUAGCACGCUGGAACAACGCCUGGUCCAUAGCCUCGAAACAAACCCUCAAACCGGCCAUGAAGCACUGGAACCCGUCAAGACACUCCAAGCCGCUAUAAUUACGAAAGAGCUGGAAAAACACUUCUACGAACAGGGUGUAGCCAUCACACUCAAGGCCAACUCGAAGGAAUCUUCCGCACUCAUGCCCGAUAAUUCUUGCCACGACGUCAGCGUGGUCCCGGAGAAGUUUGCUGAUUUCGAGAACCCUGGCCGUCUACGACUUGCCGUUCAUGCCCUCAUCAUCUUUGGCACACUCGAUAAGCUCGUCGACUCACCGCCAAACUCGUCAACGAUGAGCUGGAGGCCCGACCGCCGCGAAAUACAAGAAAACACGAUCACGCUUUACAUUAGCUUGUUACGUCUUUCCGGCCUGGAAGAAUUGAUACCCCUUUACUGCUCUAGGAUUCGCGAUCAGAGAGCCCUCCAGGUGCUUAGUACGAACCUACUACCCAUCACUGACAAUGAGGCCCGCCUAGUCCAGCUCAGUCUCAUCCGCAAGGCAGGACUGGAUGUGCUGGAGUUUGUGAAGUACCAACCAGCAUCCCUGUUUCGAUGCAUAGACGUCGAUACCGCAAAGAUACAGACUUUCCAGAUCUUGGACAACGGGCCACCAUCUCUCAAAUACGGCCGUUCGAUUAGGACGGACUUUUUCGGAGAAGAUCCAGAUACUAUCGAUUCUAUCGACGAGCGUUUGAUUCGCUCGGUGGAAUGGCUCCUGCUUGUUGACGAGGCCUGGCCUCAUGUGUUUUGUGUUGGCGUGGAUAUCUACAAGUAUUUUCUUAGGACCAUGCGCUUGAACGCUGCCAGAAGUUUUGCCAACCGGGUACCUUUCAGCACUAUUAUGCGGCAAAGGGUGGAACUCCCCGAGCAGGACGACAACGAUCCUUGGUGGCCCGAGGAUGCAGAAUUCUGGGCUGGCCAGAUCGAAGCCGCUGGUGCGAAGAGCCUUUCGCCAAGCCAAAUUGCUUCGGAGGCACGAGCCUUCCGUGAGCUUGAGUGUCUGGUCAAGGCCUUGGAUACGAUGGAGACGAUUGCUUCACUGGCAGAGCUUUCAAAGGAGGACCCGUCUGUCAAGAGAGAUUUCUGGGCCAAGGUCGGAAAUGAGGUCAAAUCCGCGAAAGAGCAUGUGCGGCCACUGCUCAAAAACUGGCUGCGGAGUCAGGAAGACACCGAACUGGAGUCGCUACGGGACAUGUAUCUUCCCGAGACGCUUCUUGCUUUCAUCAGCUCCCUUCAUUUCGCCGGCACCACCCUGACAAGGGACAACUUCCUGGAAUGCAUGGAACUGGCAGCCACUAUCGCCGAGAAGGGAUCCGACGUUGCCGAGUGCUUCAUGAAGGCUAACCGGAUGAAAGAACUGGUGGAAAGCUUUGCUGCCUGUAGCAAGGCUUUGGCGAUUGCGUCGAGUGAGAAGAAGACAGCUGGUUCGAGCAGCAAGAAACUACGCGAAAUGGGAUGGACUCGGGAUAUCUGGUCUGUGAAGCAUUAG